CUCCGUCCCCUCUUUGUCUUCCGCUCUCUUUCUUUCUCUCCAUCGCCCUAACCCUAAGUGUUCUCGAUCCCCUGCGCCAUCUCCCCAUUCCGUUUUCUUGGACUCGGAACUGGAUCGAUUGAAAUUCGGGAAUGGCGUCGGAUGCAUCCGCCGCGGUGCAGGUGUCUCGAAUCAAGGAGGGGGAGACGAGCGAUUGCGAGGGGGACAUCGAAGGGCGACGGGAUGGGUCUAAGCGGAUGAAGAUGCGUGAUCUGGAGUCGGUGCUUGGAGUCGAAGGAAUUAGAAGCUGUAGUUUAGAUUCAUCAACCACAAAUGAACUCAAGGUACCUGGACAUGAUCAUAAAGAAGAGCGUCAUUCUGAAAUUCUAGUGGCUACCACAUCUGUGCUUUCAGAUACGCUUGCAUCAGAGACUACAUGUCAUAGUUCUGUCGAACAUGUUCCUGCUUGUCUGACUUUGGGUCCUGCUGGCAGUACGAAUCCAUUUAUCCUGGGGCAUGAAAAUGUGCCGAUAUCUGCUAAGGAAAUUAGCAGACAGUCUUUUCCCAUUGAGAAAAAUGAGGGUGAACAAGGUAGCACUAAAAUGACGGGCCUCACAGUGGAUCUUAAUUCGAUUGCUACAUCUAGUACAGCCGAACAUGAUUUUUUCUAUCCUUACAAGAAGUUAGGACAGAUUAAACCUGCAGAUGCCUCCGAGAGUGGUAGCACCACUGGUCCAGUUGAGGAAAGCGAACCUUUGAGAGUGUGGAAAGAAAUGAAACAGAAUGGUUUUCUUUCAUCUUCACGUGGAAGCAUACUGAUGCCCAAGCAGCAGGUUCGCCAGCCAAGAAAGAGAAAAUAUGACGAACUUAAAAGAAAGACCGAGUUUGCAAAGAGAGAACAGGUUAACAGGUUCAACAAAAUAGCUGCUCCUUGUGGAUUGCUUUCUGGACUAAACCCAGGGAUCAUCAACCACGUCAGAAAUAGCAAGCAGGUUCAUUCCAUCAUAGAUGCCAUAGUGCACUCUGAAAGGCGUGAUAAUCAAACCCAAAAUAGAAUCACUGACCAAGCAGAAAGAGGAAUUAAAGAGACUAGUGAUAGAAGAAAAGAGCAUAUCUGCAGCCAAGAUUCAACCACCAAGCAGGUGAUUUUAAGCGAGCCAUGUAUUCCUCCAAGGACUGAGUAUCCAGGUGAGAACGAAAACGAAAUGGUUUGGCAUACUUUUCAUCAGGGAGCUUGUGCAACUUCACAGCUGACCACAGAAUGUGAGGGUGAUGCGCUUAAACUGAAGGUCUCAUCAGCUACAGCACGCACUUCAGAAAAUGUUAGCAGUGCAACGAUUGAUGAAUUUUCUGCAAAUCAGGAAAAUGUUGACUCUUUAUCUCUUAAAGCUGCUAAUGUUGCUUCUCAGUGGUUGGACCUCCUUCAACAGGACAUAAAAGGGCGCAUUGCUGCACUAAGGCGCAGCAAGAAGAGAGUGAGGAAUGUUAUACAGACUGAACUGCCUUAUCUGUUAUCUAAAGAGUUUACGUCUAACCAAGAAAAUGAACCAAAUUUUGCACAAUCAUCUGAGGCUGGUUCAACAAAAGCAAUUUCAGAAAUGCAUGUGGUUCGUUGGAGAUCUCUUUUCAGUCAGAUGGAUAAAACACUAUAUGAGGAGGGAAAGCACCUUGAGAGCUGGUUAAAGCAAGUUCAAGAAAUGCAACUACACUGUGAGAAUGGUCUCAAGUUUGUUUCUUCUGGUGCUUCUUCUCAUCUAAAUUUGACACAUGAUUCAAGCAAAUUGAAGAAAUCUGAGUCUACCGAGCGGGAGUAUGCAGUGCGGGCUGCUGCAGCAUCCAUCUACUCCACAUGCAACUUGAUCAUGACCAGAGGAAACGUGCAGUGUUUCUGAAGUGUUCCGAGUUUGCCUUUCCAUCACUAAUUAUAUAACGAUCCUCGCAACAGACUCACCACUUUGGUGGGUUAGGAUGGUGACUUGGGAUUGCUUUGUCUCUUUCUGUAGUUCCACCGUUAGCCUAAUCUCUGUUGAAGUUUCAUCUGUUUCAAUCUACUAUGAAACCUCAGAUACUGAAAGUGCCUUUUGGAAACAAUGCAGUUUCAUCGAUGCAUGGAAUUGUUUCAGAAUGCAGUUUCAACAGCUUCUUUCAA